AUGGCGUCUUGUCAAUGGAGAAUAGCCUGCAACCUGGCAUGCCAGCUGCGAAUCAGCCGACGGGCUCUCACUACAACCGCUCGUCGGCUCGAAGCGACCACCACAGCCACCUCCCGAUCCGAAACCUCGCCUAUCCUGCGCGAGGAGUUGCCGACCAAACCGGUCGAGCAGGCCCCCAACCGUGUCACUGUCUGGUCGCGGAGCCAAAACCCGCGAUCACGGGCCAUGACUGGGCCCCGAUUUGAACAGACCGACUUCGACCUGCAGCCCCAACCACUCGCGGCAAUUGAGAUGAUUCACAAAGAGCCCGUACGGUGGACGCAUGACCGCGUGGUGGCGUGCGAUGGUGGAGGCGGCCCUGCCGGCCAUCCUCGAAUUUUCAUCAACACUGACAAGCCCGAAAUUGCUACUUGCAACUACUGCGGCGUGCCCUACGCGAAUGAGCAUCACCGAAAACAUUUGGAAUCGCUUCCCGAGACUUCGUAUCCUCUCUCAUGA